GUGGCACUCGCCAGGGGCCCCCGCGGGCUGCCUGCCGCAGGUGUGCGGGCCCAGCCCCUGGCGGGGAUUCCUCGGGGGCUCGCGGCCACAGGCCGUGGCAGGCGCUUCGCGCCGCCCCCAUCUCGAAGGGACCUUAUCGCGCUCGCCAUCGACGCCAGACGUCCGUUGCAGCACGCCGUGCCCGGUCUUGGCCGCGCCGGCUCAAGCUCUGGGCAGGUUUGGGAGCGGCUGCAGCAGGCAGGGGCUUCUCCUGGAGUCAGUGCCGGUGGUGCGCACGAGUCGCCGCCGACGUCAGACUCAUGGCGUCCGAGGCAGCCGUGCCGAUGGAUUCGAUGGACAAGCUGCACGGCUCGACAGACAUUACCAGUUUCACGGCCUACUCGUGGAACGUCUUUCGCUACGUAGGUGACUACCUCCACCUUUUCGGCAUCGUCGUGAUGCUACUGACAAUCGCCAAGAACAAGUCUGUUGCUGGACUCUCGCGCAGCACGCAAAUCCUGUAUUUCCUAGUCUUCGUUACAAGGUAUCUGGACUUGCUUGAUCAUACUCAGUCGAGCUACCUCGUGUUCUUCAAGUUGACGUACAUCUCAUCGUCAAUACUCAUAUUGGCUCUCUUCUACAUGCUUGAUGAAACCUACGAUCGCAGAAACGAUACCUGCAAUCUGGCAAUCAUCUUGAUGCCGUGCGCCACAGCAGCCCUCUUGCUGACGAGUGACUACACGAUGCUCGAGGUCCUGUGGACUUUCUCGGAGUUCGUCGAGGGGUUCGCGAUGGUACCGCAGUACAUCUUCUGUUAUCGUGAGCGCAUCGGAAAGGAUUGGGGUGCCAACCUGUACGUCAUCAUGCUGGGGGGGUACCGGGUGUUUUAUGCGCUGAAUUGGAUAUACAAGAAGAUCGAGAUGCCGCAUUAUUCCGACGUGCAGUCUUGGAUCGGAGGCAUCAUCGAAAUCGUGUUCUUCCUUGAUUUCCUCAAUUUCAGGUUCACUGGCAACAGCUUCUUGCGCUCAAUGGUGCUCACGGUGGACACCAAGAUCAACGAGAUCAGCGACAGGGUAGAAAUGAAGGUGCUGGGCACAAGCCGCUCACUGAAGGAGGAGGCCCGCGAGUCCCAGGGCGGCGAGAUCAGGAGGCGAAGGAAGGCGGACGAGGGCGCCGGCGAGAGCGUGUGAGCGCCGCCAGUAGAGAGGAAGGGUGAGGGUGAGGGGAAGCAGGUGGUGGAGCUUGUCAGGAGGAGUUUCUGUACGCGCGCACGCGGCGCGCGUUCGUCGGCGCCGGCCUGAUGCGUGCUCUUUGAUUUUCCACUCCGUGAGCUUUUGGCAUCGACGUCUGCCCCCCUGUCUUGCAACUCCCCUCCUUUCCCCGUUGCCCCUGUCCUCCUCCACCUGCUCCCCGUCCUGCUCUUUUUCCUCCUCCCCCCUUUUCCCUGCCGACGUCUGCUGACUCGAGGUGCGGCUACCAAUGUCUUGCGGGAAGAAAAUGCUUCUGCCAGACCUCCUGCUUUUGUCGGGUGCAGACGUGCGGACCACGGCGCGAUCCAAUUGGGAAAAA